UUCUGUAGAUGAGCAUUAGUGCGACUCCAUCAGUUUUAUUUCAUUUCUUUCCGACCUUUGACAUGUUUCCGUGCCACUGAUACCAACGGGAGGAGCAACGAUGGGCUUAACAGCAGCUCGCUGUGGAUUUGUUGUUUUUCUCCUUUGGAUGCCAGUGCUUCAUUGCACAGAACCAGGUUGGGGAGUGACGUACACUUCCACUAACAUCUGCGCCGUUGAAGGAUCCACAGUGGACAUAUCCUGCUCCUACAUAUGUCCACCCACGUACAAGGUUGUGAGAAUAAUCUGGACCACAGAAGGUCAUGAAAGUCAGCCUUUGGAUCUGAGAGAAGACCCUCAAUAUUCAAAGCGAGUGCGGUAUCACUGCAGUAACAACAACUGCACUCUGACAAUAAAACAUCUGAGCAGCAGUGAUUCCGGUCAGUACUUCUUCAGGUUCAUUACAGACAAACAGGACAAGAGAUUUACUGGUCAACCUGGAGUCACUCUCACUGUCACAGGUCUGCAGAGUGUGUUUUCUACCUUCAGCAAACUACAGUGUUCUGGCAGCACAUGUCAGUUUCCUGGUCAUGUUUCCUACAUCUGGUACAAAAAUGGAGAGAAAAUCCCAGGAGAGCCAACUUUCGACUGGGUUCAUUCCAGCGACAGCUACUCCUGUGCUGCUGAAGGACAUGAGGACUUCCCCUCCCCUCCGCAGUGUUUAAAUCGUCAACCCUGCAACAGAGUGACAUAUCAAAACAGAAAUAUCUGUGCGGUAAAAGGAUCCUCAGUGGACAUAUCCUGUCAGUACGAGAGCAGAGGAUACAUCACAUCAACGUUCUGGUUCAGUCCCAGUCGGAGGCAUCAGUGGGUGAAUUCUUCUUGGCCAGAGAAACUCAGCAAAGACCCACAGUUUGCAGGUCGUGUUGGAGAUGAUUAUCACACACUGAGAAUCAGUGAUGUGAGAGAGAGUGAUUCAGCCGAGUAUCGCUUCACAUUCAAAACAGGAAGCUUUGAAUGGAGGAGCAGUUUACCUGGAGUAACUCUGACUGUCACAGAUCCAGAUUUGCAGGUGAAGGUGACAUCAAAAAGCGGUUCAUGGGCAGGCCUGGAGUGUCACAGCCGAUGUUCUCUACCUAAUAAUCCCUCGUAUGUUUGGUACAAGAAUGGACAGAAGGUGGAGGAAACACAAUAUGCUUAUUAUCGUUCAAACAACUUCUAUUGGACAGACAGUAUGUCCUGUGCUCUGAAAGAACAUGAGGAUUUUCCCUCUCCUCCAGUGUGUGUCUUCGGCCAACAUUGUAACAGAGUGAACUGUCCUGACAGAAGGAUCUGUGCUGCUCUGGGUUCAUCCGUGGACAUUUCCUGCUUUUACCAAAGCAGAAAUUAUGUUAAAUCCAAGUUCUGGUUCAGUCCUGAUCGCAGCGGAGAUCAGCACAGGCUUCCAGAGGACCUCAGAAAUGACCCACAGUUUGCAAACCGCAUGGAAGUCUUGGAAACAGAAGGAUUCUCCACUCUGAGAAUCAGUGACCUGAGAGACGACGAUUCAAUCCAGUAUCAUUUCCAGUUCACAACCUAUAACUCCAGAACCAGCAGUUUAUCUGGAACAAGACUCACAGUCACAGCUCUACAGGUGAAGGUGAUCAGAACAACCAUCCAUCCAUCCCACACUGAAGCAGAGCUCGAGUGUGACAGCAAAUGUCAUCAAGCUAGUCAUGUUGACUAUGUUUGGUUUAAAAACGGAGUGAAAGUUACGAAUAAGAAGAGACUUUAUGAGGCCCGUUUUCAUCCAGGAGAUGUCAUCUCAUGUGCUUUGGAAGGACAUGAGAGCCACGCCUCUCCUCCUCUUUAUGUGCUGAACGUGCCCUCAGUGUCAGUGAGUCCCUCUGGUGAAAUCAUGGAGAACAGUUCAGUGACUCUAACAUGUAGCAACUGAUCCACCCAAUCAAGAAUAAACACCACCUGGUACAAGAACAAAGAAACAGUGGUUGGCCUUGGCCCACAGCUUGUCCUCCAGUCCAUCCGAUCUUCUGACUCAGGACAGUAUUACUGUACAUCUGAGAACGAGUGGGGGAAGAGGACGUCUCAACUCAUCUCCUUUGAUGUUGAAUAUCCUCCAAAGACCAUCGAUGUGUCGGUGAGUCUUCAUGGAGCGAUUGUGGAGGGAAGCUCAGUGACUCUGACCUGCAGCAGCGAUGCUAACCCAGCAGCUAACUACACCUGGUACCGGAAUCACCACAAGCUAGCUCAUGGACCAGAGGGCACUUAUCAUUUCCCCUCCAUCAGCUGGGAGGAUAGAGGAACCUACAGCUGCAAAUCUGAGAACAAACAUGGAACCAUGUCUUUAUCUCGACCGGUAGAUGUUCAGUAUGGUCCAAAGCUUCCCUCAGUGUCGGUGAGUCCGUCUGGUGAGAUCGUGGAGGGAAGCUCAGUGACUCUGACCUGCAGCAGUGAUGCUAACCCAGCAGCUAGCUACAGCUGGUACAGGGAGGGUGAAGACACACCUCAGGCAUCAGACAAGAUCUUCACCAUCAGUGACGUCAGUCUUGAGCACAGCGGAAACUAUUCCUGUGUGGCUCAGAACAGCAGAGGACGUCAUGCAUUCACAGUAAACCUGCUGGUCAGAACAAAAUUCCACAAGAUUAUGAACAUCAUCCGUCUGGUUCUGGUGGUUCUGAUGCUGAUUCUUCUGCCUUUCCUGGGUCUGUGGAUGACAAAGAGGAAAUCCAAGAGCACACCACCGCAAACUCAUGAACGCAUGGAGAUGAUUGAGCUGGACUCUCACUCUGGUUAUGAGAACACUGCAGACUUGAAUCCAGACGGUCCAGAGGAGCAGGAAGACCUUCAGUGAAGGUCAUUCAGGUAAACCACAGGUGAACUUGCUCCACGGAUGUUAACGAGUAACGUAACUUGACCCCUGGUUGAUGCCUCAGUACAGUCAACAGAACCAGCUGUUGUAGGAUCCAUCAUGGUGUUUCUCAGGACUCCAUCCCCAGGGCAGUCCUGCCCUCCUGCACACCUCCAGCAACCUCUUCAGAGGGCCUGCUCAACAUUUACUGAGACUUCGAAGGAGUUCUCUGAUCACACCGACUCAUGUCUCACUGUGAAUAGAUUUUUCCAGACCCUCGACCUCAAACUCGUUUAUUUUAGCAUCUGAUAUUCUGCCUUCAGAUCAUCCACGAGCCCUGAAAGCUUAAAAAAAAAAAAAAGAAAGAACCUUUAGUGCUUCAGCUACAUUGCUACUAACCUCUCCACAAAA